UUUUUUUUUUUUACUUUUCUAUUGAAUUUUUACAUUAUUAUUUUUUUGACGUUUCAUCAUUUUUUUUUCUUUUCCAAUCUUGACGUCAGACAUUUGAAACAAGAGCGCGUUUUCAACUUGCACUUCAACUUCAACACACAAACACACAACCAUGGCUGACGAACAACAACUGAAGCAGUCGCUGAUCUCGUCCAUGAAGCAGCAGGGCGACGCCGAGUUUGGCAACGUCCCAACAACGAACAAGGUCGAAAUCUGCUUUGCAUUCGACACAACUGGCAGCAUGAUGUCGUGCCUGCUCACAGUCCGACAAAACCUCGAGGCGACCAUCACUCGCCUCUUUGCCGAGAUCAAGGACAUCAAGAUCUCCAUCAUGGGCAUUGGCGAUUACUGCGACGACCAGUCAACGUACGCCGUCCGAUACAUGGACCUGUCCCGCAACAAGGACGAGCUCUGCGCGUUCGCAAAGUCCGUCUCGGCCACUGGCGGCGGUGAUGCCGACGAGUGCUACGAGUGGGCGCUCUACAAGGCCCAGCUCCUGAGCUGGUCUGAGGACACGGCCAAGUCGCUCGUCAUUAUCGGAGACUGCUGCCCUCAUCGCCCAGAGUACACGACGCUUGGAGUGGACUGGCUCGAGGAGGCCGAGCUGCUGGCCUCCAGGGGAAUCAAGGUGUAUGGCGUGCGCGCCUUGCACAACACCACAGCUGAGGCCUUCUACAAGCCCCUCUCUGAAAUGACUGGCGGCCAGUACAUUCAGUUUACCAGCUUCCACUUGAUCACGGACAUGUUCAUUGCGUUCUGCCUCAAGGAGUCCUCGGACGAGCAACUCGAGGCGUACAAGGAGGAGGUUGCCAAGUCUGGGCGCAUGAACAACGAGCUGUCGAGCAUCAUGGAGACCCUGGCUGCCUCGUCCACCUCUGGCUCCCGCAUCGGCCGCAAGUACCGCAAGAAGAAGAGCACCGAUGCUGCUCCCGCCAACUCCGUCGUUGGAGACCGCGUCAACGGGCCGCGAUACGGCUACAACUUUGAGACGGAAAAGUUUGAAACGUACGUUGCCGACACUCACGCUGGGAACGCUGCCAGGUGGACUGAGAUGCGUCGCGAGCUGGUUGCUGCACGCGCGCGGGCGUCGGUCGACGACCGGCAAUCGACGCACCCGUCCUUCCCCGUCGAGGAAGUUGACCGCGACACCCUCGAUCGACUCGUCCUCGAUGUGGCUGCCAAGCGCAAGCCGUCUACUGCUGCCGCCGCUGCCGCUGGUUCGUCGUCCGCGACCUCUGCCGCCGCCGCCAACUCUGCAUCCACCCCGACGGCCAUUGCCGCAAACGGUGCCUUCACGAAGCCGGCUCUGGAGCACAUUCUGCGCAACAACAAGGGAGAUCUCGUCCAGGCUUUGGCCAGCGUCGACGAGCUGAUCAAGCAGCAAGACUUUUUGGCGCUCUUCACCGACGCUGCCGCCUUUGUGCCGCACUACGACGCCCAGGUCAAGCGAUACAACGAGUACGUGGCAGCACUGACCCUUUUGCUCAAGUACAGUGUCGAGAUUAGCCAGAGCGCCCGAGUGCGCGUGCUCGCUGCCGCGUGGGCUCGCCAUGACUUUGUCCUGGCCGACUUUCUGCUGGCUCAUUCGCAACUCUGGGGCCUGCGCGAGGUUCUGAAGGCGCUCCAGCUUCUUGACACAUCUCGUCGUCUCCGUGCCUAUGAGAAGACGCUGCGCAAGUUUGACGAAGUGGCACAGCGCGCCUUGGAGUCGAGCCUUGCUGCCCGCGCCGCCAACAAGGCUGCAAAGGAGGCUGCGGCAGCUGCUCGAGCUGCAGCUUCUCCAGCUGCUGAUGCCCCAGCUGCUAAUGCUCCAGCUGCGCCUGCUUCAGAUGCUCCAGCUGCGCCAGCUCCAGCUGCUCCUGCUACAACUGCUCCUGCUCCCGCGGCCGAGACUGCCGCUCCUGCUCCUGCCGCUCGUGGCGGUCGUGGUGGCGCCCGUGGCGGCCGUGGUGGCCGUGGUGGCCGUGGCGGCGCUCGUGGUGGACGUGGUGGCGCUCGUGGCGGCCGUGGUGGACGUGGUGGUCGCGGUCGUGGUGGACGUGGUGGUCGCGGCGGUCGCGGCGGUGCUCGCAGCGAACCUGUUCGUGAUGCCACUGCCUCGGAUGCUGCUGCCCCGACUCCCGCAAGUGCCCCCGCUCCCCACCUCAAGUUCCUCCCCCGCCAGCGCAUUCGUGUGAUCAAGGAUGCCAUGGAGAACUUGCGCUCCGAGCCUGUGCCCCACGGCUCCGUGUCUGGUGCCCUCGCCAGCCGCGUUCGCGAGUGGAUCAAGACCAUUCCCGCGCACAUGCUGGAGUACUACGCAAUGACCUUCCCGAAGGAUCCCUGGAGGGAGCUGGCCGAUCUCUGCCACAUUGGCCCGAACUCGGACAUGCCGCAAGCGGCUUGGUUUAUGCGCUUUGUCCACGGCGACCCCGUGCCCGACGGAUCGAUUGUCAAGGACUGCGCAGAGGUGACUGUGGAGAAUGUGAACGAUCUGCUCAAGCGCCACAACAUUCCCUACUCUGUGCUGCGCCAACUCGCAGACUGGCCCAAGCUGUUUGCCGCCAUGCCGCCGGCACUGAAGACGCGCAUCGCCGAGUACACGCCGAUCGACACGCUCCUGUGGUGGUUCUUUGAGGAGGCAAACUGCGUCGAGACGGAGGCUGUCUUGGCCCGCAAGCUCACCGCCCUCGCUGAGAACAACAACACCAACUGCUCGCUGGAUGCGGCCGCCCCCGAGGACCGCCUCAACCUCGGUGUGGGCAAGCUCAUGGAGCGCAUUCUCACGUGCAAGAUCACGAACGCUGGCCUUUCGUUCAUUGAUCCUUUGCUCGAGAUUGCCGACAAGGCAAUGCGCGCCCUGACCCUGUCGCUUGAGGCGCCGGUGGUCUGCAUUGGCGAUGCCUCGGCAUCCAUGCAGUCGGCCAUCCGCGUCGCCACAAUCAUCGCCUCCCUGUGCAAGACGCUGACCGAGGCCGAGCUCAUCUUCUUCAACGACGUGAGCAUGAAGCCGCUCCACCCGCCGCACAGCGUCAAGGACGUCAUCACCGUGGCCACCUCGAUUCUCGCCACGUCCAAGACGGCUCCGGCUGCCGCCCUGUUCCCCUACUACAAGGCCAAGACUGUGGUCAAGUCGUUCCUCAUUGUCACGGAUGAGGAGGAGAACUGGUCGUUUGAGGGCUUUGACUUUACCGAGCUCUACGGUCGGUACUACCGCGAGGUCUACCCGGCCAAGCUGAUCUUUGUGUCCUUCCUCGGUCAGCGCUCGGACGGCUACAUGGUCCAGGAAAUCAUGGAUGCCGGCCUCCCUGCCCCCUUGCAGUUCAAGCUCGAUCUGAACCGCCCGGAUUUGACCAAGGUGGAUGGUUUCCUUGGUAUCAUGGCUGCCCAAUCGUCCCACUUUACCACCGAGGUUGCGCGAGUCGCCAAGCUCGUUGCCGACAAGGGCUUCCAAAACGGACUGCUCGCCGACCGCUCGCUCGUUGGCGCGGCGGUGGCCUCGGCGUUUGAUGCUGCCCGUGCGUCCGCCUCUGCCGCUCCCAGCGCACCCCAGAUUUCCAAGGAAGAGCGUGCCAGCGCCCGCACCGCCCGCAAGGCGGCAGCGGCAGCGGCCAAGGCCGAGGAGGCCGCCAAGGCGAAGGUUGAAGACGCCUCGAAGGCAUCCACCAGCAGCUCAACUGGCAAGUAAAUUGGUGGCAAGUAAAUUGGUGGUAUCGUGAAACUCGAUGAAGUGUGCUUUUAUUGUCUUGUGGUGGUUUGUUUGUGUGUUUGUUGUUCUUGUUGUGAAAUAUCAGUUUCUUUUUUU